AAGAUGAUCCGAUUGGUGAGAUUUACAGCCCUGGUUACGAUUGUUCGAAAAUAUUGGACAGUAAUCCUGAGGCAAAAGAUGGAUUGUACUAUAUCGAUCUUGGUGGAUUUAAUGCUAUACAAGUAAGAAUAUUGUCAUUGUCAUUGUUAUUAUAUCAUGUGCAUUUUGCACGCAGGAAAUUAUCUGGAAACUAUGAAGUAAUUUUUUGCGGCAUUUUGAUGUCGAAAGUUUUUAAUUUGCAACCUCGUUCCCAGGCUCUUACCUCUUGUAGAGGAAUGACCCUUGUAGGAGCUGGUCACGUGAUCCGCUAAAAUCUAGUAUCACGUAAUCUGCUAAAAUCUAGUAUUAAUCUCGAUAAAUAUUUCAUAUUUGUACUUUAAUUUAUAACUUGCAUUUUGUUUUGCAAGUUUGAUUCGAUCUGAUUUUAAAGGAACCCAAGAUAGUUAAUCAAAAAUCUGAUAGAUUUUAGCAGAUCACGUGACCAGUUCCUACCAAGAUCUUUCCUCCACAAGAGGUGAGAGCCUGGGAACGAGGUUGUUCAAUUCGGUGCCAGAAUUAAAGUGCGGGAAAUGGCAUUUUCGAGCCUUAUAUUUUCAAAUUCUCAAUUUUAAAAAAUUGAUGGACAGUUUCGAUGGUAUACUUUAUGCAUUGUUCAAAGGUUAAACAAGUUUUGUGUCACAAAAACAAUGGUAGCCAUGGUUUCCUUUCUCCUUUAAGGUAUAUUGUGACAUGACUACCGACGGUGGGGGAUAUAUACUAAUGGGCAAAAUGGAUUCUUCUAUAACUUGGAACGUUCCUUCCACUGCUAAUCCUGUCGAACCUAAUGGAGCCCAACACUGGGCCAGUAACCUGGGAGAAGCUCCUGUCGUCGAUUUCAGAGUACAGAUGGCAACAGCCGAAGAUUUUAGUAACACAGUUGCUCACUGGUUAGUUUUCUCGAAUAUGUUUAGACCUGUUGUCCGCAGUAUCUCAAAAUGCAACUCUUAUAACCAAUGAGAGAGAAUUUUGACACUCGUAUAAGUUAAGCCACUGGAAACUUGGAAAUAUUUUCUAUCUUUCCUAAAGUUAAGAAACCAUUAUUGAAUUUACCGUGGAGAAAACUGGGAAAGCAGAUUGUUUGAAAUAAUUAUAAACAUGCAUGGCGCCGGCUUGGUUUUCCUUUAAAACUCGUCUGCUUAUAAUGCAAGAGGUACUGUUCCUAAGACUUUAAAAAUUCAAUAUUUUCCGGUGAACAUGCUCUCGUCCCCUUAGGAGUUUCUCGUAUCUUUGGUCAUUGUAUUCGCUCCUCCAACCAACACCCUGCAUGGCUACGCCGGUGCAUGGUCGAAGUGUCGCUAUGUACUAGCAGUACAGUGAGCUUUCGCAUUCGUCUUAUCACCCUUCCGAUUAAUUUUACCUUGAUAAUUUCAGAUAUCAUAGAUACUUUUAUUAAAUAAUUUUACUACUUGAAAUAAUAUUUCAAUAUCUGCAGUUUUGUGUUUAAGAAAUAGAGAACAUCUUCCGUGUUUCUGUACAGUUGUACAAACACGUGUGGGUGUUUGGUCUUGGGAGAACAUGAGAAUCAGUGGGAAAACAAACACGUACGGCAAGUUUUCCGCGUUAUUUCGAGUUCUCCCAAACUACGAUAAGUGUUCUAUAACUGUAUAGCAAUAGAGGGAAAAUGUUUGCAAUAUCAUUCUUAUUAUAGCUCAAGAAAAGUUUUCAUAUAGGCAUCUUAUAUAUAUAUGGAUUAAUUUAUAAAUCUCAUUACAUCAGCAUAAAAUGUACUCAAGUUUGCCCUUUGCUUGUCAAUCUUACCACAGAAUAGUCAAGUUCUUCUUUAUUUAAGCCAUAGAUAUCUUAUGUAUACUAGGUAGCACAUCUCUUUCAGUAAAAUUGAAGCCCAAGAAUUUUCCAGCGGUUACCCCCAUUUGAAUAGAUGGCGGCCAUGUUGGUAGUUCCCACUCGCUAAUAAACGCUUAAAAAACAACAACUUUCCUCAUUUGAAUGGUUAAAAAAUGUAUAUGGAAUAGGUUUAACUUAAUGUUUAAGUUCCCUGUUUAAGAAAUAGAAAACAUACGAAUCUUUCAUUUCAUGGGAAUAUCCUGAGUCUGCAAAUCACGGCUUCAAUUUUUGAAUUGCAGAAUAGUUAGAUGCACUCUCUAGUGUAUAUAAGAUAUCUAUGAUUUAAUAAGCCCAAAUCCGCUUUUGUUCUUUGCCCCUGUUGUCAGAAUUAGUAUCAUCAGACAUUUUACUUUUCACAAAUGUUUUGUUUACGGUUUCCUAAUAUUAAAGCUUGUAUCGCAGGAAAAACGAGGCUCCAUAGCCAAUGUGACGGAAGGGUCUAUAACCUCAACAUUAUACCUUACAUCAUUAAUCAUGAUUUGUGAGCCGCACGUGUGAUCAUUAAGAGAAUUAGGAUUACAUAUUUUUCUAAUUUUCAUGUCUAGGUCAUUUAGAAUGAAAUCUGAGCGCCCUUUGAAACAGUUGAUGGUAGAUGACCAAGGAUGCACUAAGCAUAAACCAGGAAUCGGAAACAUCGCCUACGUGAAAGAUAUACGGACAGAAAAAAUUGUAACUACAGGAUUUCGUUGUUCUAUUUUCGGAGGAUUUCAUCACUCAACGCCGGGUUUUGGAUGGGUAGGUAUUGCAUUAGCAACUGUUUCAAAAACUAAAAAUAUCAAAAUUGGAAAAUUAAGUCGUAUAUUUUUUUUAGCACCAGAUGAACUCCUGCUUGAACAAACCUUGUAGCAAUGGAUUUGCACAUUUUGAGUUUGCACCAGGGACCCAUGUACAAGUAGAUCACCAUGGAGCGUUCAGGUACUGUUUUUUGUUGAUGAAAAUCGUUAAUUUACAGAUCGUUCAUUUUUUAUGGUUAUGAUCACUGCGUAACAUUUUCUAUUUGAUGCUUGUGAUGUUACUCUGAGUAUAUAUCCACACUGAGCAGGCUUGAAAAAUAUGCCUGGCCACGGUGGGAAUCGAAUCUACAACGUUUGGAAUACCAGCCCAAUGCUCUGCCAACUGAGCUACGUGGUCAGGUAUGUGAUAUUUCGGAACUGAGUGUAGUUCCUUCGAUAUCGGUGUAAUCUAAUAAUCAAAUCACAUACUCGAACCGACCUGACCACGUAGCUCAGUUGGCAGAGCAUUGGGCUGGUAUUCCAAACGUCGUAGGUUCUAACAGCAUCCUAUAUUAACACUAGAAUUAUAUAGUCAUGCAGCAAGCUCCCGCUGUUUUUAAGGGAAGUUAUUUGUAUGUUACUUAACAACUCUAAUUUAGUGCAACCAAAUAAGGCUGGACAUGAACGGCACAGGUCCCAUGCAAGGUGUCAGACAAGAAUAUAACUACCUCCUCCGCAGGCCAUACAGCCCGUAAUGAGUAUGCCCUUUCGCAGGUUGAAAUUUGAAAUCUGAGACGAAAGGCCUGCGGAGGAGGUAGAGAAUAUAAAGUAUUAAAUAUUUACAAAUUUAAAUUAGUAAAAAUUAGGUGUGACAAUGACACGUCCUGCACAAUGAAUAAGUGCAGGACAGGUCAGGAUCAAAUGUUGUUCUUAGGUGUUCCUUGUUAGUAUUAUACAAGUUUUUUAAGAGCUAGAAUUACGAUACACCAGCGGUUACGACUAUGAAACUGUUCAUUUUUUAUGUUUCUCAAUUUACAAACAAACUUAAAUGGUAUGUGUAAAGUUUAAUCUCUGAGAAAUGCUAAAAAAAUGUGGAUAUUUAUAUGAUACGCCAAUUGAAGCGAAAAAUGAUGUCUGAUGUUCAGCAAGUUUUGCUCACAUUGCUACAGAUUUGGCUUCAAAUUUAAAGCAUCGUUCACAAUUGUACUUUAAUUGACAAUAAUUUUACUACUAUAUUACGUUUCUCAACCGGAAGUUAUGCCAAAAGAUUUAAGGUUGCACAAAAAAAUGUUGCAGCAUGAGGUUUUACUAUGAUUAGAAACCAGUGCAUGGUACAAUCUCGUUCCCAAGUUUUUCCUCCUGACAAAAAAGCCUGGGAACGAGUUGGGCAUGGUAUAACGUUUACGAAUGGUUCUGAAUGGUUCUAUGCUUGUAUCAUUAAUUCAAUAAAAGAAUAUGUCUGUUUUAUUUAAAUUAGUGCACUUGUACACGUGGCAUAUUUUGAUAAAAUUAAUGCUACAUCGAUCUGUCUUCUUCAUUCGUCACCUUACAAUGGAUUGCAGCUGGUUUGCAGAAUUUUUGUUAUAUCUGAUUGCGCACAAUAACAAUCAAAACUGUCUUACCUUUUCUUUGAUUAUCAGUUAGUAUUUGACGCACCCUUUAUUGGUUCAACAGCUAUAGUGUUUCUGGUAAUCAUUCAGCAGUACAGCAUGACGCCACAGCAUUCGUCGGAUGUUCUGGAACAAAUCAGGUGAUUCAUAAUUACUUGAACGGUGGGUACCAGAGUAGGUAGGGAAGAAUAGUUUUGAAAGAAAGCUUUUUGUCUGAAAAUUACUACCGUGGGUCGGAAAAACACAUGUGCUUUUAUUAUCAUUAUCCCUAAUGAUAUAUGUCAGAGGAUAUACAUAAACCCCGUUUACACUGUACCUAAUUUCCUGGUCACGGCGUCAGUUUUAACAGUUAAUGAAAUAGCCUAAACGUUUAUAAUGGCAGCCACAAGCAAAUACAUACGGAAGUUAUCGAAAGAGUAAACCUUUGUUGUUAAAAGUUGCUCCUGACCAGCGAAUCCGCUACAGUGUAAACGGGGUCGUAGUAUAUUUUAAACCAACAGUAAUGCAAAUGUUUUGCUGUUCGAUCAUAGCAUGAGUUUUCAAGUUUAUUUGGUUUACAGACAAAGUUUUACGUGCUAUCCUGGUUUAAGUGACAAAAUCCAAUGAAAUUGUAUCUGCAUUCGCGACAGGCUUUGCAUUCAUUUGCUAAAAACCAUAACGAGAAAAUACACGUCUGAUGCGCCAUUCUUUAUUCCAUUUUAUAGAUAUGCUGCGGGUGUUUUGGCCCAAUUGGUGGAACGAGUGAUUACUGCGGUGACGACUGCACGGCAAAAAAUGGCGGAACCGUCGUGAAAAAGAACAUCUACUCAUGGUUCUGGGUGAGAACAUCUCUUCCGAAAAGUGUUUGGAACAGAUGUAUGGAAUACAACGUGAAGAACGAAAAUGGCGACAUGGUCUCGCACAGAUUAUUCGAUGGAAAUACCACACCUGAAAAG